CCGGAACUCGUCAGCAUCAUUACCUCCUAGAGACAUAUCACUAGGGCCAUCAUGAGUUCCUCGGCGCUCCCUGUCGCCCUGAAGAACAAGCUGGUGGGCUACGGCCGGGCCUCCAGCGCCCAUCUAUCGGCCGUGAAUUUGGAUCUGAUCCGUAAUAUCGUAUUUAUCCUCUUCCUGUUCCGGUACACUCGCAAGACCUUCUACUCCCUCCGAGGAUACGGCUUGUUUGGCAGCAUCCGCAAUGUCUACAUCGCCGCCCGUCUGUUCUGUUACUCCCUCUUCCUGCGCGCCCCCGGUGUGCGCGGCCAGGUCGAUAAGCAAGUCUCGACGGCGAUCGAAAAACUCGAGACCAAGCUCGUGCAAAAUGGGCCUGACAUCAAUCGGUAUCUCACCCUGCCCGCGGAGGGUUGGUCUGCUGAUAAGGUUCGCGAGGAGCUAAAUAAGCUCGCUGGCUUGGAGCAUACUCGCUGGGAGGAUGGUCGCGUCAGUGGUGCGGUUUAUCACGGCGGAGAUGAUUUGUUGAAAUUGCAGGCGGAGGCCUUUGGACAGUUUGGUGUCGCGAACCCGAUUCAUCCAGAUGUUUUCCCUGGUGUUCGGAAGAUGGAGGCUGAGGUGGUUGCUAUGGUUCUGAACAUGUUCAAUGCUCCUACGGAUGGUGCUGGUGUUACUACCAGCGGUGGUACCGAGUCCAUCAUUAUGGCUUGCUUGGGCGCCCGCCAAAAGGCAUUCUUGGAGCGCGGAGUGACGGAGCCUGAGAUGAUUAUCCCUGAUACCGCUCACGCGGCCUUCAUCAAGGCUUGCAACUACUUCAAGAUCAAGCUGCACCGCGUACCUUGCCCCGAGCCCGAGUUCAAGGUCGAUGUCAAUGCCGUUCGUCGUCUGAUUAACCCGAACACUGUCCUGCUCGUGGGCUCGGCACCCAACUUCCCCCACGGUAUCGUUGAUGACAUUCCCGCCCUGUCGCGCCUUGCCACAAAGUAUAAGAUUCCUCUUCACGUGGAUUGCUGUCUGGGAUCUUUCGUCAUUGCCCACCUGAAGAAGGCCGGCUUCCCCUCACCGUACGAAGAGGAGGGUGGCUUCGAUUUCCGCCAGCCCGGUGUUACCAGUAUUAGUGUGGACACCCACAAGUACGGAUUCGCCCCUAAAGGCAACUCAGUCCUGUUGUACCGCAACAAGGCUUACCGCAGCAACCAAUACUUCAUUUACCCCGACUGGUCUGGCGGUGUUUAUGCCUCUCCCUCUAUUGCCGGUUCGCGCCCCGGUGCCCUGAUCGCCGGCUGCUGGGCUAGCUUGAUGAACGUGGGUGAAGCUGGUUACAUCAACAGCUGUACCGAGAUUAUCAACGCUGCUCGCAAAUUCGACUCUGCCGUCCGCGGACACCCCUUGAUCUCUCUCCAUAUGGAGGUCGUGGGUAACCCGAUGGUCAGCGUUGUCGCGUUCCGCAGCAAGAACGGUGCUAUUGAUACCUACGAUAUUGCUGAUGACCUGUCUGCCAAGGGCUGGCACCUCAAUGCCCUCCAGUCACCACCAGCUCUGCAUUGCGCCUUUACUCUUCCCACCUCCAAGGCCGUCGACCAGCUCAUCAGCGAUGUGGUCGAAUGCAUUGAGAAGGAGCUCGAGAAGGCCGAGGAGCGCCGCCGUCAAGGAAAGGCAUACAUCCUGGAACGCGGUGAAACCUCCGCUCUGUAUGGUGUUGCCGGCAGCAUCCCGGAUAAGAGCAUCGUCAGCCGUCUGGCCGAGGGCUUCCUCGAUACCCUGUACAAAGCCUAAGUCUCCCUGCCAGAACAGAAGACCUUCGCCUGAUGAACAUCACACCCCAAGCGACUGCCCUUCCCUAGCUUUUCCCAUUCCCCACUAGCUGGCCUCGCCUUGCACAGGUUACAGCGGCGUUUGCGGCGUGUUUGCCCUUGUCUUUACAUUCUUGUCCACCCACUGGUAGAAUUGGUCCAGCGUCGUCUAUCAUUACCCUCCUUACAAUUCAAAUUGCACAUAUUUGCCUCGGCCAACUCUUUCGAAAAAGUAAAUUUGUAAUGGCGCCCCAUAGAAUACAGUCGACGAAUGCGAGAAUGACCCGUCGGAACAUAGGUGGACGUAGAUAUAGAGUAAUGACAUAAAAGAAGCCCGCUCCAUGCAAAAAAAAAGAGUAAUCAUACAGAACACAGAACAGAAAACAAGGGUCAAGAGUAAACAGCCCUUACGGCAGAACCCGGUAUCAAAGACCACACCCAACCACAACAAGGAAGAGCAUUAUGCAAACGGACAAACCGAGAAAGCGAAAAGAAAAGAAGAAAGAAGACAAUCGAUCAAUUUCGAUCUUUUACUGCCCACUCAACUCAGCUCGCUCAGCAAAACCACUCUUCUCAACAUAAUAACCCGGAUCGGGUUUCCGCUCCAAGCGAACCUCCUGCAUUGUAAGAGCACGAUCCACCUCUUCGACGGAGACAAGCUCUUUGACCUUCAUGAUUUGACCGGCAACGGACGGAGAGACGCGGUGGAAGACGAUGCCCAUACGCUUCUUCAGGCCCAGGGCUUUGAGGACAUCUGUUGAGCGGCGGGGGAGACCGAUUGCGGAGCGGAGGAGUUGGACACGGAAGUAGCUCAUUUUGAAGGAUUUGAGGAGGAUUGGAGAUUGUGGUUGGCUUUUGGCGGCGUUUGGAUGUGACCGUUGCGGAGCUUGGUUGUAGAGAUUGAGAUUAAGUCCUUUGGUCCGGGGGAUGUUGGAGAGAGCACAAGUGGUGUAUGUGGGGCAAUGGCAAUUCCAGAUAGGAAUUGAUUGUGAUUGAGACUUUCACAGAGGAAGAUUGACGGGAUCCCUGUGUUGAAGACUGACCA